AUGAUAGAAAAUGAGAAAGAAUUUCGUUGUUCUUAAGGACAUAAUCAACCAGUUGUUACAAUAGCAUUUGAUCCAUAAUUGAAAAUGGAUUAGAGACUCUUGUGUGUAGAAUGCGUAGAAAAUUCAUAAAUAGAUGGGAAAAUUUAUGGAUUAAAAAAAAUCAUUUCAUAAAUGGAAGAAAAUUAGAUAAAGAAAUUUGAAAACGUUGAAAAAAUAAUAAUGAUCCAAAUACAAUAAUUUGAAUCAUUACAGAGUGUUGUUGAUCAAAUCAAAUAAACAGUAAUGCAAUAAUUAAAUUAAUUGAUUAACAUAAUGAUGGGAUGGAUUAAGAAUCUAUAAUAAUAAGGAUAGUAAUAAUAUAAAUAUAGUUUUUUCGAGGAAUUAGAGCUAAUGAUUUUAUCAUAAACGAAAGUUGAUUCCACCUCAUAAAAAUUAAUUAAUGAAAUUUAGAAAAUUAAUAUUUCUUCAACUUAAAAAUUAUAUUCUAAAUUAGAAUAUUUUAAGCAGUUUGAAGAAUAUAAUAAAUGUAAGGAACUAUUGUCAUGUUUUGACAUAGAUUGGUAAUUAUUAAAAUAGAUAGAAAGUAAACUAUCAUCAUAAACUCCACAAAAAAAUUAAAAUGAUGAAUAUAUACUUCCAUAUAAUGAUUCUUGUUAUGCAAUAGCAAUAAAUAAAGAUUGCUCAGAAUUAGUGGCUGGAUCUGAUUCAAAAAUAAAUGUAUUUGAAUAUAAAUAAGGAUUGCUGACAUCGAUUUAAACUUUAUAGGAACAUUAGAAUAGAGUGAAUAUAUUAAAAUUUAUGAAGAAAUCAAAUUAAUUCAUAUCUGGAAGUGUUGAUUAAUUUAUCAUUAUAUGGUAAAAAGUUUAAAACAAUUUAUGGAGUUUAAAAUAUAAAUUAAUUGGUCAUAGUUCAAUUAUCUAUUGUUUAGUAUUAAAUUAUGAUGAAGAUUUAAUCAUCUCUGGUAGUAACGAUAAAAGUAUAAGAUUUUUGGACAAAGAACAAUUAAUGGUUAUGUAAUUAAGUAAUUACAGAUCAUACUAAUUCAGUAUUUGGACUAAGUUUGAAUUAAUAAUAAAAUAUAUUAGUAUCUUGUUGUGAUGAUGGUUAAUUAUUAAUAAUAGAAUAAUCUAUAUAGAAUAAAGAAUGAAUUGUAAAAUAGAAGAUCAAAGUUGAACAAUAUGGAUAUAGAGUAUGUUUUAUUGAUAAUAAUAUGUUCAUAUUCUCACCAUUUAAUAGCGAAAAGCUUUUGGUAUAUGAGAUGAAUUAAUAGUUUAAAAAGAUUAAAGAUAUUCCUGUAAUGUGUAAAACAGAUGGUUGUUGUUUAUUUCCUCAAUAAUAUAUUGAUUCAAAAAGUAUUCUUGUGAGUACGUCAAUUUUAUUAAGAAAAAUUAAAAUGGAGACUUCAUAACUUACAAUUCUAUUCAUUUUGGAACUUGUACCCUAUUUGGAACAAUUAGUGAUGAUGGAUAACUUUUGA